AUGGACCCACCACCGCCUCCCACGAAGUCGGGUUCAUUGCCUGCGGCGAGCAAGAACGCCAUCGUGUACAGUGUAUUGCAGAGGCGCAACCCCAUCCUUCCCCUCAUCCGAAGCGUUGGUCUCGAGAUUGGUGACAUCGUCGUGGACUACCAGGUCGGCGCUCACAACGGUGUGCUGUUCUUGAGCCUGAAGUAUCAUCGUUUGCAUCCCGAGUAUAUCCACUCGCGAAUCGAGAAAAUGAGGCACGCUUACAACCUCCGCAUCUUGUUGAUUCUGUGUGACAUCAGCGAGCACCAACAAUCUCUCCGCGAAUUGAGCAAGGUUGCGGUCAUCAACGAGAUGACGAUCCUCGUGGCGUUCUCCAACGAGGAAGCUGCCCAGUACCUGACCACCCUCAAGGCAUAUGAACACAAGUCAGCGGACACGCUCAAGGAGAAGGUUCACCAAACAUACCCGUCUCAACUGCAGCACGUUCUCACCAGCGGUCGGAAGGUCAACAAAUCUAACGCGGAGGCCAUAGCAGCGCAGUUCGGGUCGUUUGACAACAUCGUCCGACAGUCCAACUACUCUCUCAGCGCCGUCAAGGGGUUAGGCAAGGUCAAGAUCGUCUCUCUCCUCGACGCGUUCAACAAGCCCUUUGUCGCAGGUCUGGGCACGGCGUCGCAGACUCGGACACCUGUUGCGUCGACCAUUCAGGCGCAGGAAGUGACACCUGUGGCGGAGGCUGAUUCUGACUCUGGCUCGAGCUCCUCUCUCAUAGACGACGGUAUCGAGCCUGCCCAGUUGUCAGACAUUCGCCCGCCCACCCCACCAACGCCUACCCGGCCUCGGGACCAGGGACCAAGUCGUUCACCUAGCCUGGAGCCUGACGACCCCUCGCGACGGAAGAGCGACAUUGUAUGGCAUGACCCACUCGACGACGACGAUGACGGCGAUGAAACCGACGGCCGAGAUCCGAAGCGACAGCGAGUGUAA